ACCAACCGGUUUAGGGUUUUGAAUAUUGGGCUUUAAUCCUUCGUUCCGUGACUGCAUUCUCAAGCGACAAAUAGUCAAAGACGAUCUCUCGUCUCGCUCCAGAAAAUUCUCUGUUUUCGAUCUGGUUCUGUCCAUUUCUUGAGAUUAUCUGCAACUAUGGCGGCAGAGCCAAAGGCGGCGACUGAGGACGUCAAGAUGGAUUUGUUCGAGGACGACGACGAAUUCGAGGAAUUCGAAAUCGGCGAAGAUUGGGAGGACAAGGAAGAAGUGAAGGAAGUGGCUCAGCAGUGGGAAGACGAUUGGGAUGAUGACGAUGUCAACGACGACUUCUCUCUUCAGUUGAGGAGGGAACUCGAGGGUAGCACUGAGAAGAACUGAGAUAUGCUCACGCUGCUACCAUUUCAUGGAUUCACUCUAUGUUGUCUUGUGGUUGAAUAUGAAGAAAUCUUCUUGAGGCUGAGAAUAAAGGUAUCAAGCUUGGUUGCUCUCUGGACUCUGGAGUCUAUCUCUCAAGGGAAACUCAUACUCUGUAGUUGUGGUUAGCCAACACACAAUGGCAAUAUGCAUUUUUGUUUUUUGUUUCGAUAUGAUUAGUCUGUUUUCUAUGAUAUUUAUGAAUGUCUUGUUGAUGUUUCUUCAAAAUUUGAUGAGGCCACCACUUCUAUGAUC